AUGGCCGCCGAAGCUAUGCCCAAGGUUCAGAGCCUCAUUGACGAGAACCCAGUCGUCGUCUUCUCCAAGUCAUACUGCCCUUACUGCAAGAGCACCAAGUCGACCUUGCAGAAGACGGGUAUCGACUUCAAGGUGAUCGAGCUUGACCAGAUCAACGGUGGCAGUGACAUGCAGGAUGCUCUCGAGCAGAUCAGCGGCCAGCGCACUGUUCCCAACGUCUACAUCAAGCAGAAGCACAUUGGCGGCAACUCUGACCUGCAGACCCUGGACAAAUCAGGAAAUCUGCAGGGUCUGUUGAAGGAGGCUGGCGUUGUAUAG